AUGAACACAAACGGCAAAUUUGACUGUGCCCUCCGGUCCCUGGACCAAGUGAUUGGCGACGUUUUACACCGUGAAGCGUGUAUGUGGAUGGACGAAGACGGAAAGCGAUGCCAGAACAUUGUAUCAAAAUCAUCCCGAGUGGACGGUGCAAAUGCAGACGCCAUCGUUUCCGACCUGGAAAAUGCGACCAACAUUCGAUAUGUCAAUCGAAUAGACGCGGAGGCCAGACAGAAAGUCUUGCUACGCCUACUUUAUCGAGCCACACAGAAGCCUUGCAGCAACGACAAGGGCAUAUCAGCCAACCGUUUCGGAUCGACACGAGCGCCUGGCUGCGAUUUACGUCACCUACGCGGUGACUGCGCCUCACGAGAGAAGCAGACUCUUCUCUCCAACGUCGCGCAGCGAUAG